AUGUUUCUUUGUUAUGUCUGUAAGGCACACCACAAAAGUUCUGCAUUGCUUUGUCAGCAUUUAAGACUACACCACGGGCUAUAUCCUGGAAAAACAUUACGUUUAAAAUGUGGACAGCCAGGAUGUUGUUCAUCAUUUUGCACCUAUUCAGGUUUCAAGAAGCAUCUUGUUCAUUUCCAUAGAGAUGUUGCUUUAACUACUUCUGCAAAAAAUGUGGACUCUCAGGAUGAAGUUGGUGAGCCCUCAACUUCACAGGCAAUGAGAACAGACUCUCCAACAACUACCCAGCUCUCUGUUGACAAUAAUCUUGUGUUAAACAUGUGUGGUCCUGUUGUAGCACAGUUGCAAGCAUCUGGCGUUGCUGAGAGCACAGUCCAAGCAAUGGUAGGGUCCAUGGAGGAACUUGUAAAUGACAUCCAUAGGCAAGCGAAAGAGGCAGUUCUCAGCUGUACUUCAGAAAUUCAAGGCACAGAUUUGGAAAAGAAGGUGGAAAAGUGUUUUGAUCAACUGAAAAAUCCUUUCUCAUCCCUAAACACUAGAGUAAAACGACAGAAGUUCUUUGAGGAAAAAUGGGAAAUUGUUGAACCUGUUGAAUAUGUUCUUGGGGUGCGGUUUGAUGUUCGCAGGGAUCCAACAACAGGAGUUUACAGUCAAGUCCCCGUAACAGAUAAAUUUGUGUAUACACCCAUCCUGGGAACUCUCAAGUCUAUGUUCAAGAACACUGAAUUGUGUGAAAGUUUCUUGCAAGCCAAACAUCACGAAGAAGGAGUUUAUAAAGACAUAUGUGAUGGUUCAUACUUCAAGAGUAACAUUUUGUUUUCUCAGAAAAAACAUGCUCUACAGAUUCAACUCUAUUUUGAUGAGUUUGAGACAGCAAAUCCUUUAGGUUCAAAGAAAGGGAUUCAUAAACUUGGCUGUAUUUACUUUGUUUUGAGGAACCUGCCCCCAAAAUAUAAUUCAGUGUUGAUGAAUAUACAUGUUGUGGCACUUUUUCACUCACAGGACCUGAAGACUUAUGGAUUUGAUGACAUCCUAAAACCUCUUGUUGACGAUCUUAAAAUACUUGAAACACAAGGCAUUCAGGUGCCCUUCUCAGACUUACCAUUGCAUGGCUCUGUUAUACAAGUUACAGGUGACAACCUUGGUUUACACGGACUGUUCGGUUUUGUUGAGUCCUUCAGCGCUACAUAUUUCUGCAGAUUUUGUUUGACAAGUAAGGUUGAGUCACAGUCUGUGUUUACUGAAGAUGACCCUGGCAUGAUAUUUCGUACAAAAGAAAUCCAUGCAGAACAUUGUGCAGCUCUUCAGGAUAAUCCUAUGUUGGGUUCAACAUUUGGUGUCAAAAAGACGUGCUUGCUCAAUACAUUGAAUUUCUUUCACACCUCUGACAACUAUGCAGUUGAUAUUAUGCACGAUUUACUUGAGGGUGUUGUACAGUACGAACUCAAACUUACCUUUCAAUACCUUGUCAGCCAUAAGUAUCUUUCUUUGGAAUCAUUGUCACAGAGAGUCCAAAGUUUCAACUAUGGUUAUAUUGAGAGAAAAAAUAGGCCAAGUGGGUUGAAAAUGGAUGAUUCAAGCAAGGAUCUUGGCUUAAACGCCAUUCAGUCAUGGUGUCUUGUGAGAAAUGCUCCACUUAUUUUUGGUGAUGUAUUGGAAAGAGAUAACUGUUACUGGAACCUGCUCCUCCUCUUGAUUCAGAUUGUGAAUGUUGUCUUUUCACCUAUCGUAACUAACGGUAUGACAUACUAUUUGAAGCACUUGAUUAAGGACCACCACAAGCUAUUUAAAUCUUUGUUUUCACAGAAACGAUUGAUUCCUAAGCAUCAUUUUAUGCUACAUUAUCCACGUUGUAUUAGAAAAAUAGGUCCACUCCUUCACGUAUGGUGUAUGAGGUUUGAAGCAAAACAUAAUUUUUUUAAAAGAUCUGUGAAAAAUUUCAAAAAUAUCACAAAAACAUUGGUGAAACAACACCAAAGACAGCUUGCUUACCACUGGGAGAAUUUUGAUUUUCAGAGAUUUGAGUUUGGUCCAGUGAAGAAAAAAACUGUUGAUAGCUUGGAAGGUGGUGAGGUUUUAAGUGCUGUUUUUCAUGUUAAUGCAUACUGGGAAGUGUCAACCACUAAUUGGGUGAAGAACUAUGGAACAGAGUAUCAGAUUGGUAUGUUUGUUUGUACUGGAACUAAUAUGGAAAUUCCUAUUUUCAGAAAGGUCACAAACAUUAUCAUACAUGAUGAGCAAGCUUUUAUUUUAACUUGCAGAGUGGACACUCUUUAUUUUGAUGAUCAUUUCAAUGCAUACUGCAUCAAUGAGAGAGAAGAUUCAUUUUCUGUUCUCCCAAUUAAGGAGUUGAUUUAUCACAGACCCUAUGACAAACAGUUUUCUAACGAGAUGUGUGACAAAACAUAUAUUGUGCCACAUUGCCAUAUUGUGUGA